AUGGCCACGCUCGAAGACAAAGCCCGCGACGCUGGGCCGCCCAAGGUCCUCUGCGUAGGGAUGCUGCGCACAGGAACCAGCAGUCUUGCGGCAGCCCUCUCGGAGCUUGGCUUCAAGCACGUCUUCCACGGCCUCGACUCCAGAACCAAAUCGUCGCACUGGGCCUUCUUUGAGAGAGCCGCCACGGCGACCUGGCCCGAGCUAUUUGGCGUAUACGACGCUGUGACCGACCUCUCAUGCUUCUGGGCGCUGCAGCUCGCCGACGCGUAUCCCGACGCGAAGAUCAUCCUCACCGAGCGUGACUUCGACGCCUGGUUCCCCAGCUUCGAUGCCGAGGUUCUGCGGCCGCUCUUCGGGCCCUGGGUUGACCUCUUUCUCAAGGGCGUCGGCGCAAUUGUCGGAAACCGCGCCGGGUUUGCGAUGCAGAAGACCGUCAGCGGCUUCUUUGGCGGCGCGCGCACUCUAGAGGAGCUACACCUCCGCGCGCCUGACGUCUUCCGUCAGCAUUCGGAAGCGGUCAAGGCUCACGUCGUGCCCGAGAGGCUCCUCGUGUAUCGAGUUGGUCGGGAUGGUUGGGAGCCGCUCUGCCGGUUCCUUGACAAGGAGGUACCCCAAGGGAAGCAGUUUCCGCGCGUCAACGACCGCGACUCUCACCGCCAGGGCGAUGAGGCAAUCAAGAGGGCGAUGGCGCUUCAGGCGGCGCGAAACACCCUCCCUUUUGCAAUGGCCGUGGCGGCGGCCUGGGCAGGAUGGUUUUAUUGGCGGUGA